AUGAAAAAAAAUAAUUAUUCAUAUUAUCCAUUAAAAGAUGAAGAUCUCAAUACAAUAACUACUACCACCACAAGCCACAACGUUACCAAUAAUACUUUAAUAUGGUUAGAUGAAGAAGCAUUGAAUUUAAAUUCACAUGAUACCAAUCUGACAAUCGCUAUGUUUGAAAGUAUAGCAGAUAUUAACUACAAACUGUACAACAAUUUGGAAAUAUUUCUUGAAGAGAUUGGAAGUAUGUCUAAAAUAACGAAACUUAUAGUUAUUACUUCAGGAAGUUUUGCGAAGAAAAUGCUUCCUAAAUUAUCUUUAUCAUUAUUACGAGAAAUAUCGUCAAUACUCAUAUUUUGCAAAGAUUCUACUAAUUGUCAAUAUUUACUGACAGAAUGUCGAAAAAUAAUGGAUAUUUGUACUGAUGAACAAUCACUAAAGGAAUCAAUUGAAAAUGAAUUACAUCCAUCGACAGAUUUUCUUCUUAUGGAUCGAAAUUUACAACCUAUAUUUAGUCUCAAAAAUAAUAACCAAGACUUUAAUUUAUAUAAACAAUAUAUUGAAAUCUUGAAACAUUAUCCAUGGUCAUCAAAUAACAGAGAAAAGAUGCUUGAUGAAUGCAUAAAACGCUAUCGGAAGGAUAACGCUCAGAGAAGGAAGAUUGAAGAAUUUAGAAAUAGCUAUACAUCUGCAACAGCGAUUAAUUGGUAUACAAAAGAUAGUUUUCUUUAUCGACUGGUCAAUAAAGCAUUGAGAUCCCUAGAUAUGGAACAGAUUAAUGUAUUUCGACCUUAUAUUAAAGAUUUAUGUAAACAAUUAGAACAUUUACAUAAACAAAAUCAAUCAGACACACCAUUAACAGUAUUUCGUGGACAUGGGAAUAUGCGUAUGGAUCAAUUUGAAAACAUCAAAGAGAAUAUUGGUAAUUUAAUGUCAUUCAAUGGAUUUUUAUCAACUACAAGUGAUUACAAUGUUGCACUAAUAUUUUCAGGAUCUGAGCCAACUGAAGAUAAAUCUGUCAUAUAUGAAAUUCGAACUAAUUAUAAUUCGAAUAAUGUUGUAUUUGCUGAUAUUACGCAGUUUUCACAGAUGGAGGAUGAAAAAGAAUUUUUAUUUAGUCUUUGUUCUAUAUUCAGAAUUGAUGAUAUUAUAAAUGAUGAAGAAAAUCAAUUAUCAAAAAUUAUAAUGAGUGCAGUAGAUGAAGACGCAAAAUUUCAAGAUAUAAAACAAUGUCAACAAUAUAUUGAACAAACAUCACAAAAAGAUCGAUUAGCAAUUAUCGUUAGUGGUCGAUUAGGACAAGAAAUAGUACCACACAUUCAUCAACUUCGACAAGUUAUAUCAAUUUAUGUCUAUUGUAUGGAUAAGAAGAACAAUGAACAAUGGGCUCUAAAGUUUUCAAAAGUCAAGUCUGUUGCUGUUGAUCUUGAUGAACUUGUCUCUCAAAUUAAAGUAGAUCAUAAAAAUCAGAAAAAGGUAGAGGAACCAUUACCAAUUUAUACUUUCACAACAAGUGUUGAUGCAGGGAAAUCAACAACAGGAGUUAAUGGACAAUUUGUUUUUUUUCAAAUUCUCAUUGAUUGUCUUUUACGAUUAAAAUCUAAUGAAAUUGAUAGAAAUGAACUUUUUAAUUGUUGUCAAAAUGAAUAUGCAGGUAAUUUUACUGAACUAAACAAUCUUCAUGAAUUUGAAGAAGAAUAUUCCCCUAAUAAAGUGUUGUGGUGGUACACAAGAGAAACAUUCUUUUAUAAAACUCUUAAUGCAGCUUUACGUACACAAAAUAUUCAUAUGAUUUUUUUAUUCCGAUCAUUUAUUUAUGAUAUUUAUCGUCAACUGCAAAAAUCUCAAUCUAAACAUCCUUUGGAAGUUUAUCGAAGUCAGCUAAUGUCGAUCGAUGAGUUAGAUGGUCUUAAAAAUAAUACUGGCCAGUUUAUCUCUAUAAAUUCAAUGUUUUCCACUAGCAAACAACGUACAACAGCUCUUUUCCUCCUAGGUGAUAUAACUACAAAGAGUGAUUUAGAACGAGUAUUAUUUGAAAUUGAUGCUGAUCCUAAAUUGGUCACUACAAAACCAUUUGCUGAUAUUAGUGAACAUAGUUAUUUUCCAGAUGAAUCAGAAGUUCUCUUUAUGAUUGGUUCCAUUUUUCGUCUUAAUAAUAUUAAUCGUAAUGAUGAUCAAAUAUGGAACAUUAAAAUGACUUUAUGUAAUGAUGAUGAACAUGAUUUAAAACAAGUUCUUAUGUAUAUGAAAGAGCAAAUCGAAAGUGGUGAAGUGAAUCUUCGAAUAUUAGGAAAUAUAUUAUGGGAAAUGGGUAAAUUUGAUUUAGCUGAAAAAUAUUUUACACGUUCAUUGAAACAACUUCCAUCGAAUGAUCCAUUACAUAUCAGUUUAUAUGAGGAUCUUGGUAAACUGGCAUCACAGAGAGGUGAUUAUGAUAUGAGUAUGAAAUGGCGUCAAAAGUUACUUACAUUCAGAGAGGAAAAUCCAUUAGCUACUAAUGUUAAUGUUAAUAAAACAAAUGGUUCUAUUAGUAAAUUUAAUCGUCAAAAACUAUUCGUAUCCAAAAAGCCACAUCAAUUAACUAUCCAUCCCAAUAUUAAUAAAACAGACGAUUCUAUCAGACAAUUAACUCUUGUCAAUCAUAUUAAUAUCAACACCAAAUGGAAACAACUUGGAAUUACUAUUGCUGGAGGAAAUGGAAAAGGCAAUCAACUAAAUCAAUUGUCUUAUCCUUAUGCCAUCUAUGUUGAUGAUGAUCAUCAAACUAUUUAUAUUGCUGACAGUGGUAAUCAUCGUAUUGUUAAAUGGAAAUAUGGAGCACAGAAUGGUCAAGUUGUUGCAGGUGGAAAUGGAAAAGGA